AACUGAUAGUCUGAUAGAAUUUCUCUACAAGUUUCCUGAUUUUUUAUUGUUUUCUUAUCAUGGCAUCGUCACUGCAGAAAAUGUUGCUCUCAAUGAACUUUGUUCAUUCCACGGUUUCCCUAUUGGUUAUUGUCUGCGGCAUAUCCUUUUUUAUAGACCAGGUCAGCACUCUGGAGAAAGUUGCCGGCGCUCUGACCAUUGCCCAGGGCAUUGUCGGACUGAGCCUGUCGAUCUUUUGCAGGGAAGCAGCCGAAAGCGAGUCGCCUAAUUGGCUUAGAAAUUAUGUGGCCAUAGCAAUGCUGCAAAUAUUCAGCCAACUGCUGCUCCUGUACGAGGCCACCAAUAGCUCAAACCGCAUUGACAAAACCUUCGACGACUUGUGGGAGGCGGAGCGCAGAGGCGCAGCACUGGAGCGACGCCUUGGCUUCUAUGAGAAGUUUCUAAAGUGCUGCGGCGUCAACGGCAGCCACGACUACUCGAAGAUCAGUCUCGAGCCCCCGAAGAGCUGCUGCAUAGACGAAGACUCCGAGUUUGACUCCCCGCUACACCCGUAUGGCUGCAGGGAUCAGUUCACGGAUUAUGUUUUCAGCAAAGUGUUGCUGCUAAAACUAGCCUGUUGGCUGCUCAUCGUUGUUGGGACUAAUAGUGCGCUGUGCGGCUGGCGUCUGUACAGGGUUAUGAAGCGGCAGAUGCAACGCUACAGUGGCGACUGGCUGGAAGAGAGCUCAAAGGAGUUUUAA